AUGCGCAGCUACGCCCUCUUGUCCCUCGGUGUGGUGGCGUCCAUCGCCCACGCCGCGACCUUCGACGUCGACGCCGGCGAGAAUGGCCUGUCCUUUGAGCCCGACACCAUCACGGCCGCCAUGGGCGAUACCGUCAACGUCCACUUCUACCCAGGCGGCCACACCGCCACGCAGUCGACCUUUGACAACCCCUGCUCCCCGAUGUCGGGCGGCAUCAACUCCGGUGUCGUGAACUCCAACUCGGGCCAAGCCAGCCAGAUGUUCUCGUUCCAAGUCAACACCACGGACCCGAUCUGGAUGUACUGCGGUGCCCCUGGCCAUUGUGCCGCGGGCAUGGCGUUUGUCGUCAAUCCCCCAGCAAGCGGCAACACCCUAGCGGCCUACCAGAGCGCCUCGAGCGGCAAGUCCGGCUCCGCUCCCAGCGCCGUUUCCGGCGGUGUCCUCGUCGCCAAUGUCGAGAACUCCGACAACGAUGACGAUACCUCCUCAUCGUCGUCCUCCUCGGGCGGCUCCGCUUCGGCCACGCAGAGCUCGGCUACAGCUACUGGCACGGCCGCUGCGGCCACGACAACCUCUGCGACGGGUACUGGUCCGGCCGCACAGACUCCGAGCAAUGCCGCCAGUGCCAACUUUGGGACCGUGCCUUUGCUGCUGUUGGCCCCUGUUGCGGCUUAUAUGUUGUCGUGA